GCCGGCCGCCGAGGGGAGGGGUCCGGCUCCGUGCGGUCGCGGCGGAGCCGGCGCUGCGGCAGCAGCAGGCGCGGCGGGGCGGAAGUCCUUUGUUGCAGCGGCAGCGGCGCAGCGGCGGGAGCGGCGCGGGCAGCUCUACCCCUCGCUUCGCCUCGCCUCGCUCCGCGGGCUAUAAUUGAAGUACAAGAUGGCAAGAACCAGCCACAGCAACUAUGUCCUUCAGCAGCUAAACAACCAAAGAGAGUGGGGCUUUUUGUGUGACUGCUGCAUUGCUAUCGAUGAUAUUUAUUUUCAAGCACAUAAAGCAGUCCUUGCUGCAUGCAGCUCCUAUUUUAGAAUGUUUUUUAUGAACCAUCAACACACUACAGCCCAGCUGAAUCUAAGCAACAUGAAGAUUAGCGCUGAGUGCUUUGAUCUUAUUUUACAGUUCAUGUAUUUAGGAAAAAUUAUGACCGCCCCUGCCAAUUUUGAGCAAUUUAAAGUGGCCAUGAACUAUUUACAGCUCUAUAAUGUACCUGAGUGUCUGGAAGAUAUACAGGAUACAGACUCAUCUAGUUUAAAAUGCUCUUCUUCUGCUUCCAGCACCCAGAACAGUAAAAUGAUAUUUGGUGUGCGAAUGUAUGAAGACACGCUCGCUCGAAAUGGCAGCGAAACAAACAGGUGGGGCAUGGAGCCGCCAAGUUCAACAGUAAAUACAUCCCAUAACAAAGAGCCUGAUGAAGAAGCUUUGCAACUCAGCAGUUUCCCUGAACAACUGUUUGAUGUCUGCAAAAAAAGCACCACGUCCAAAUACUCUCACACAAAAGAGCGUGUGUCUCACUCACGCCGCUUCGGAAGAAGCUUCACCUGCGACAGCUGCGGGUUUAGUUUUAGCUGUGAAAAGUUACUGGAUGAGCACGUGUUGUCGUGCACCAACAGGCAUUCGUACCAAAGUGCCAGGUACUACGGUGCUGAAAAAAUAGACUUUAAUGAAAAGGACUCUGCUUCUAAAAUAAUCUCUACGCAAACAGAGAAAUACAAAGGGGAUUCCAGCCAAGUUGUCGAUGAGUCGUCUUCUCCCGUGUCCAACAUUACAAGCAGGAAAAGCAGCACGGUGGCAUCCGAAACGUCAGGUGAAGAAGGAAGUCGAGCUUCUGAGAGGAAGAGGAUUGUCAUCAAGAUGGAACCAGAGGACAGUCCUGCAGAGGAGCUGAAAGAUUAUAAUAUUAUCAAGGUGACAGAUAAAGACUGCAACGAGUCUUCUGAUAACGAUGACCUAGAUGAUGAGCAGGAAGAGCCACUUUACAGGUACUAUGUUGAGGAAGAGAUGAGAGAGAAGAGAAAUGCUCGGAAGACUUUAAAACCCCGUUUAUCCAUGGAUGAGGAUGAAAGGAGGUGUUUAAAGAGUCCGCGGCACCUUAGCAGGAAAGCUCCCUCCGUCCAGGAAGAUGUGGAGAACGCUCCCUGUGAACUUUGUGGGCUAACAAUCACCGAGGAGGAUUUGUCCUCUCAUUAUUUAUCCAAACACAUAGAAAAUAUAUGUGCCUGUGGCAAGUGUGGUCAAAUACUGGUCAAGGGCAAACAGUUACAGGAUCAUGCACAGACCUGUGGAGAACCCCAGGACCUGACCAUGAAUGGUAUCAGAAAUUCCGAGGAAAAAAUGGACUUGGAAGAAAACCCUGAGGAGCAGUCGGAAAUAAGGGACAUGAUGUUUGCAGACAUGCUGGAAGACUUCAGGGACAGUCAUUUCCAAAUGAACAGCCUUCAAAAAAAACAGUUAUAUAAGCAUUCUGCCUGUCCUUUCCGAUGUCCUAAUUGCGGGCAGCGUUUUGAAACUGAAAACCUAGUGGUUGAACAUAUGUCCAACUGCCUGGAGCAAGAUCUGUUCAAGAAUUCCAUGAUGGAAGAGAAUGAAAGAGAUCACAGACUAGUGAAAUAGGGACUUCUAAGCUUCUGAACAACUGAGAGAACCAGGUUUGAAGAAGACAUGAGGAAGAACUGUCGGCAAAAGAUUUCAUAAAAACUCAGAACCACGUGUGCCAGAUCUGAAUUGGCACCACCUUUGCUUUUUUGACAUACUGCAGCAGUCGCAAAAGACACCAAAGCAGUCAUAUUAGAACACUCACUAAUUGUUUUGGACUCUUCUCUGUAUUACAAAAUUUACUUCCUUGUGACUAUUAUUUACACCUGUCAAAAACAAAUUUGAAGUCUCUUUCAUGGAGCAGACAGCCAAAAGAGGCAGAUGCCAGGCAUUAAGGGCUGCGCUGAAAUGAGCUUGCAGGAUCUGCUAUUCAUAUGCUGCCGUGCUGCUUUUAUGAAACGAGGCUUAUUAGAGUUUCUGUUAAAAACUGUUUAGACUUUUUAGCUUUCAAGUUAAAAGUAUGUGCUUAUGAACUAAAAUUCACGCGUUUCUCAGACAGUUACAAUGCUAAGCUAACGAGUGUUAGAAGAGAGGGAAAAAAUGUUUUAGUCUGGAGUACAAAGUGGAAAAAAAAACAAAACUUUAAAACUGAGCACAAAGGGUCUCUGAGGAAGGAAAGGAUGGUGAGAAAGAUCCAGCUGACCUGACUCCCUUUGCUGCCAUGAUCAUCAUAUGCAAGCUGAAGAGGACCUUCCCUGGAGCUCAGUGCUUAUAUGUGGAGAGUAAAGAAAUGGUGCUGUGGAUGUGAAAAAUUGUGACCAACAAGGAGAUGAGUAAACAUGCAAUAAUCUUCACAGGGCACAGUGUGCACCAUGUUCUGGAUCUGUACCUUGAAAAGGUGGUUUGAAGAAGAGAAUCAGGCAUUCAUGUUCAGAUUUGAGUAAUUUAGCAACCCAAAAUUUUCCACCUAAAUUAAUGGGAAGCAAACAAGCAAACAAAAGAAAACGAUGCAGUAAAUGUUCAAAAAUAGGGCCAACAUGGCUUAAAAAAUAGUAAUUUCUUUUGCUUCUCCAGACAACUGGAGCAGAUUGAUUCAUGUAAGCAGACUAAACAUGCUGAUCUAUAUUCUGCUGUAGUUAUGCAUCUUACUAAUUCUACUUAUGACUAUAAGAGGAUGUUUUAUUGUUUAGUAUAACUGUUAUCUCAGUAAGAAUCUGUCUGCAAUUUCAUUUAUAAUUGGCAUUAUUAUCAUUACUGUUGUUAUGAAGUAUGUAAAAUAUUGUCUGUAUUGCAGCUUGUACAGGGCAUGUGUCUGUGCUUGCUUUCCUCUUUUUGAGUUUAUAAAGUUGCUAUACAAAUGGAAGAAAAGAUGUUCAGGUAUCUUUGAAUGUUGUUCCUUAAUUUGAUUUCAGAGCCCCAAACCUUUCAGCCUUUAGGUAUUUAAGGAAUCAGCCAUAUUAACACAAAACAUCUCAAAAGUAAAUACAUGGAUUUUGAGUCUACAGCACAGGACUGGAAUACUGACACUGCUGCCUCAGUAGUGGUGCUAGAGCAAUGGGGAGGACAGUGAAUAUCCAGAAAAUGCAAGAUACCACUGGGGACUCCUGAGGGAGAAGGCUUGUUAUAGCUGGGAAAUGUAAUAGAAAAUGUGAUGUCCUUUCCACAGAGAGCAGGAAGCACCCUCACAGUAGGACUACUGCAAAGCAGAGAAGAGAAGGGAAAUAUGUUUCUAGUAUCACCUAAAGAUAGGCCUUGAGCUAUUUAACUUUUUUUUUUUUGUUUUUUAAGCAGAGGACAUCUAGAACAGGCUCUGACUGUUCUGUAACUUAGCAAUUAUUUGUAGUCUAUGUAGAGUAUUAGUGGAGACAUGUCAGGUUAAUUUUCAUCAUCUUUAAAGCUUAAUCUAUGCCUCGAUACAGUAUCUUUAAUAAAAUGUUAUUAUGAGUCUGCUUAUUAUUUUUAUUUAAUUCCAUCUUACAGCUGAGUUAAUAACAGUUCCAGCAACAGGGUGAAGUUCCAGUUGCCAUCAGCUUCAUCUGCUCCUGCAUUUUUCCCAUUCAGCUAAUAAGAAUGACAGUAUCGAAAACUGAGAUGAGUAAGAAUCCCAUAACACAAGAGAAAUUCACAGCACUGCUGUAGCUCAGUUAUCUUCAAAACUCUUCACGCUAAGCAACUAAGCAUCUAACUGUAUUAGAAAGAUAUAUCAAAUUCUGUCAACCUGUGAGUAUGAAUUACUGUGCUUUCAUUAUACCGUUUUCCUUGUUUAAGACUUAACAUCAUUUCCCAGCGUUACAGUUACUGCUAGUAAUUACAGUCUGAUAAAUGCCUUUAACAGCUCUUCUAGCCAAAAUUCUUUGUUUUCAUUCACUAAGCACCUGUACCACACACGUAUCCUUUUUAUAUAUUCAAACAAGAUGAAGUGGAGUUGGUCUUUAAGUAUACUAGAAGAUAUUAGAAUUUGAAAUAAUCUUAGCAAGGUGCAGAUACAAUAUGAAAACAUAUGAUGCUAUUUAGUAGGAGCAAGUGCAAUUUGGAAUUACUAGUAAGUAAAGGAACAGCUGCUUAAUUUCCGCUGAAAAGAAUAUAUAUGUUAUUUUGGAUCAAGUUCUGAAAACCACUGCAAGAUCAUGCUGUUGCAAACAAAGGUGCAAAUUACGAUGUCAAAACAGGAGUAUAAUGUGCUCCUGCAGAACUGCUAAGGCAUGAGUGAGUGAUGUCUCCUGUUUUGAUUACGGCCCUUGAAAAUGAAGAUACAAGUUGCAUGCAGAGAACCCAGGAGAAAGCAAUGUGAAUGUUAAGAAAGCACUGCCUCUGAGGGCAGAUUGAAUGAUUUUAGGCCAUCUUACAGAAGAGAUGUUGAAGGGAAAACAAAAUAUUUUCAUAUCUGUAAAAGCAGUGGGCAAAGAAACAAUAGAAUAGCAUUCUCUCAUAUCCACAAUCAAUAGGAAUAAAAAUGAUUGGUUUAAAUUGCAAGAAAAGAGACUUCAGACACAAAAAGGCAGACUAAAUAACCUGUUGAGGUCAUUUUCUGAUCUGAUUCUACGAUUCCUUGCAAACUAGCUGCUUUAAAGUCCUUUAUUAUUGCCAGUAAGGUACCACUGUCUGUUAGAAAAGGUGGCUGCAGUUAUAAAAAGUAGUGUAGAACACAAUGCCUAAAUUGCACAACGCAGCAGUUGAUGUAGUUAGCAUUAGUGAUACCACCCUCAGCUUUUCAUCGUUCCUCAGCAAACUUUCAGAAGUAUAUGUAAGAGUGCCUUAAAACCACUUAAUUUUAAAAUAAUUAUUCCUUGAAACUCCAAGGGCUGGUUUAAUCAGUGUUACAAAUUUUCUUGAUUUUGUUGAGUCUCAUCAAUCUGAUACAGCCCUGUUAUAGUUGUGAUGUGGUGUAAUCAGCUACUUUAUUUCUUAAAUUGGGGGGGGGAAGGUGAGGGGGGGGAAAAGGAAGCAAACCUCUAAAAGUUACACAGACAAUCCUAAAAGUAUUAUCUGAAAAUGUGCCAAAGAUUAAAAAGCCCAAAGGUGAAUAAAGUCACGUGUUUUUUAAGCUCAUAAUUUUAAACUUGAUUUCUAAUUUUGGACUUGGGAUUUUGGAACUUCUGGUUUGGCAGUACUGCAUUACUGUGCCCUAUAUGCUGCUGUUCUAAAUAUUUCCAAAUGACUGCUCCCACAUUUGUAUAAUUUGCAGAAAACAUGUUAUACCGACUUGCAGAUUUUAUUUUUCAUGAGAAAAAAAAAUGUAUUUAAGAGAAAACAUGGAUUGUGGUUGUCUUUCAAAUAAAAGAGCAUCUACAUGCAAAAAGUCAAAGUAUCCAAAUACAAAAUAACUCAAAAAGUUACAUGGUUCCCCCCACAUAGACUACUGUUUUUAACACAAUAGAUAAACCUUGUCAGAAAAAUCUGUUGUCAUUUCAAACACUGCUGGUUCUUGUCUGCAUUCCAAUUACCUUCGUAGAUUCAAAAAUAGAAAUGAGAUUAAAAAGUUGCAGUGAUGAAAGGGCAGUAUGAUCAAGUAUUAUUUGUUCUUGGAACAAUUGUUGCUUAGAUUUUUCUGUGCUGGGUGAUAUAUUGUAAAAUAAUUCACUUAUGCCAGUACAGUCUGUAUGCCAGUACAGUCUGAUUUAUGCUAUUUUCUGAAUAGUUUUGCAAAUGGCUAAUAAUCUCCAGAAUUUAAGAUCUAAGAUGUUCUGAUCAUCAGACCUUAACUCCUGUAUAUGACAGGCCAACAUGCUUUAUUAUCUUUAUGAACCAAACAGCUGAUGUCUGAUUAAACAGUAACUUGUGUUCAAUCUUAUUUUUAUACUAUAUUGCCUUAUGAAAUAUAUGAAAAAAAAAAUCUUCCUGUUAUCAAGAUAAGGAUAUGGGCUGAGUGCUCAGUUCCGUUCCAGAUACUGAGCUCUUGCUUCACAGAAGUCUAAAUAUCAUCUCCAGCUCCAUCUGGGUGAUGCAAUGGAGAAUAGCCUACAGCAUAUUGCAUAACUGCCAAGCAGGAGACGGGUAUAUGGUCAAUCCUAAACACAAAUAAGUGCAUCAGAAAGGGGCCUGUGUACUUCCAGAGGUACUGUCUGGAUGUUCUGGGAAAUAUGGCUUACAGAUUCAGGACGGGGAAUCCAGCAGAAGUUUCUUUAAAGGAAAAAUCAGACUGGUGUCCUCAGCAUAAAACUCACUCUCUAAUUUCUGAACCAGUCUGUUUGGCUCACCUGUAACAUGACUGCAUAUGAAGCAACAUAAAAGAAAAUCCUCUGGCUCUUCCCAUAUGAGAAGAUGACUGUAGAGAUGAGUUGGUGCACAAAUUGUGCUGCUAGUCUUAAGAGAAGUGCUGACAAAAAGCAGGCUUGUAAUAGCUUUGCUGAGAAGAGAGAAUAAGUCUAAUGAGGUUCUAGAGGCUGUUCUCUCUAGUUAAGACUGGACUUUCUCUAAGGACAUCUGUAAGAGAUGAGCAAUGAUGACAAAAUCACAUCAAUUUUUGGUUGGAAACAAAAGUUUAAAAAGCAGCUUAGACCUGUAGGUGUUGUUAUACAAGAAGAAAACAGCAGCUGUGUGCUCAGCUGAAAAAGAAAUACUUCUGCAGGGGGCUAAAUUAAGUAUUUGGUAGCCUGAGUCCACAGAUCUUUUGAUUUUUCCUGAUAUUGUCCAUGAUUGCCCAUGAUUUACACUAUUAGCAUUAAAAUGGUAUGCUCAUGCACUCCUCCAAGACAUUUUCCCCACAUUUACUACAGUGAAACUCCAAUUAAAAUUUUAAAAUACAUAGGUGAUAAUAAGGUAAGCAGUAAUUCAAUCACUAUGAGCAGCACUUUAGUGGGUUAUCAGCACAUCUGGGUAUCUACACAACUACAGCUGGGAUGUAUUAGUGAUUGGACAAAGGGAACCAUCAGCCCAAACAGGUUUUGUCUGGAGCUGUUGUGCCUGGGCUGAUAAAAUAUGAUUAAAAGCUUUUGGUCAAAUUCAAGAAAUCUCAUUUCUGAAUCUGUUUGAUUACAAAUACAUUUAAAUGAGAUAUCAAAUUAAUUUUGAUACAAAGCCUGCUAAUUAUGCUAACCAAUAUUUUUGUGUUAUUUCCUGGUUCAUUUGUUCUCUCCAUUUCUUUUUAUACAUACCUUUUUGAGGCAAGAAUCCUCUUUUUGCUCUGAAAUAACAGUGUCUGAGUUGUACUGCAUCUACCAAAACAGGGUUCUCAUGCAUCACCAGUGUUCCUAAGGAUAACUCUCAGAAAGAUACCAAUAAUGACAUCUAUUUUUCACCUGAAGCUGAGUUUAUCAGCCAACUCUCUUUGUAUUGCUUCGACACUUUUCUCUGCUCCCUAAGAUACAAUCAACUGAAUGAAGUAGUAGGGAAUUACAGGAAGAGAUAGUUUAGUGGUGAAUCAGUCACUGGUUUGACUACAAGAGAAAUCGACACCCUUCCCAUCCAAGAAAUAUGCAUAUAGGAUGUACAGAGAAGCUCCUGCUGGAGACUGACAGCUUCCAUUUUCCAUUGAUUUCUUCUGGAUUUCUCCACGGUCAAAACCCCUGUACUAAAAAGGACUGGGACCUGUGCAAGAAUAAUAGUUAUCUAAGUAUGUUUGUUAUUUAGCAUCAGAAAUUGAAGCCCUUCUGUCCCCAAAACACACACACACAUGCUACGUAAAAGAAGUGGAAACUUCAUGUCAGAUAAAAAAGCUUUGGAAAACACACUAAUUGAAGCAAGGCUGUUUUUGAAAGUAUGUAAUAACUACAAGGGCAUAAAUCAUCCUGGUAAGAACUGUAACCUUUUCUACGAGGGCUGCUACAACAAAAUGCUAAAGGCUGGGGACAAAAUUAACCAAAGAUGACUUAAACGGUGCAUUUAAUCCUUUCACAUAACACAGAAAGUCUGUCUAGCAGACUUUUAGCUGCACUUUUAACAUGGCUAUCCACGAGGGGAAGAGGGAUCUCAGAGUGCUAUUUUGCUGUCUGCUAUAACUGGAAUGUUUUGAAGUGUUAGUCUCAAAGUUAGGAGGAAUAACAUGGAGGAACCACGGCAGAUUUUCACGCUUUUCUUCAAAGCCCUUUGCCUAGCUCCGAGUUAAUAUCCUCGUCGCUUUUGCUAAAUGUAGGCGUGACGACAUCUUACAUUAGCACAACAGACAAAAAUUUGGAGACAUUUCAAGAAUGGUCACCACGCAGCCACAGGCACCAACAGGGCUCCCAACGGCUCUGCUUCUUCCAGAGGGGAAAGCGAGGUGCCCUCCUCUCUCCCACCUGGAGCCCACGAACGGAAAUACGGGGGGCGCCGAGGGCGACGGGCUGAGGGGCCGGUGGGGGACGCAGCUGUCAGCCCGCCAAGUUAAGCCGAAAUAAGGCUAAACGUCGCUUCAGCCCCGCUCGCUGCGGCAGUACCGCUCCCACUGCUCUCUGCCGGAGGGAGCAGAAGCUUCGUGCUUCCUGACAAGGGUCGCCGCGGGGUGCGGGGGGGGGAGGAGGUCGGCCCGCGACCCCGCGUCCUGAGGGAAAGGGGCAGGCGGGCGGCAGAGCGCGGUCCGCGGACGGGAGGGGGGAGAAGUUGUGUGAGUCGCGACCAAAUAUGGGUAAAUUCCCCACCAGCUGGCGGCUGGCUGGGACGUGACACGUUUGAGUGAACUUUCAGGAAUUACAAACACUACGAGCAGCGAGCGCGGCCCGAGCCGAGCCCCCGAGAGGCAACGCCCACCCGCCGUAGCCCUCACAGCGCCGCUCGGCCUCUAUUGGAUAACGCUCUUGUCAAUCAUUUGCAUUGCGUCUAACGUCCACUAGAACUUUCUAGCAGGGUUACUGGGCGGGGGCGGGGCGAAUGAGAAGCGCGCGUUGUGAUUGGCCGAAAGGAGUGGCGCACGCUAGAAAGCGAGACGGAUCGAGAAAAAACAGGAAGAAGUCCGAUCUGGCUGCAAUAUACGGGAGAGGGUUGGGCUGGCGAGUGGGCGCUACGCUUCUGAUUGGGCAGGAGG